AUGGAGCUCUGGAGCAAGCUGCGGAACCUGGAUGCCUACCCGAAAGUGAACGAGGACUUCUACAGCCGCACCCUCUCCGGCGGCCUCAUCACCAUCCUCUCCUCCCUCGCCAUCCUCCUGCUCUUCUUCUCCGAGAUCCGGCUUUAUCUAUAUUCUGCUACGGAAAGUAAGCUCACUGUGGAUACCUCAAGAGGGGAAAGACUACAUAUCAAUUUUGAUGUUACGUUCCCAGCCCUUCCUUGUUCUCUAGUUGCUGUUGAUACAAUGGAUGUCAGUGGAGAGCAACAUUAUGAUAUACGACAUGACAUAACAAAGAAAAGAAUUGACCAUCUUGGUAAUGUAAUUGAAUCAAGAAAAGACAGAGUUGGUGCCCCUAAGAUUGAAAGACCGUUACAGAAGCAUGGCGGUAGGCUUGACCACAACGAGGUUUACUGCGGAUCUUGUUAUGGUGCUGAGGAGACGGACGAUCAGUGUUGCAACUCCUGUGAAGAAGUUCGUGAUGCGUACCGGAAGAAAGGGUGGGCUAUCAACAACGUAGAAUUAAUUGAUCAGUGCAAGAGAGAGGGCUAUGUACAAAGGUUAAAAGAUGAAAAAGGGGAAGGUUGUACCAUCCAUGGAUUUGUAAAUGUGAAUAAAGUAGCUGGCAACUUUCACUUUGCCCCUGGGAAAAGCUUGGACCAAUCAUUCAACUUCCUGCAAGAUCUGUUGAACAUCCAACCAGAAACUUACAAUAUAAGUCACAAGAUAAACAAGCUGUCCUUUGGGGAAGAGUUCCCAGGUGUCGUCAAUCCUCUUGAUGGAGUUGAGUGGAUACAGGAUAACUCCAAUGGGUUAACGGGGAUGUACCAGUAUUUUGUGAAGGUUGUUCCAACAAUCUACACAGAUAUCAGGGGGCGCAAGAUUCACUCAAAUCAGUUUUCUGUGACAGAGCACUUUAGAGAGGCAAUUGGCUAUCCUAGGCCUCCACCUGGUGUAUACUUCUUCUACGAAUUUUCACCAAUUAAGGUUGAUUUUACUGAAGAAAAUACAUCGCUUCUUCACUUCCUGACAAACAUAUGUGCUAUUGUUGGAGGUAUUUUCACUGUUGCUGGCAUCAUAGAUUCUUUCGUCUACCAUGGUCAUCGCGCCAUCAAGAAAAAGAUGGAGCUUGGAAAGCUUGGAUAA